AUGAAUAUGAGUGAGAUGGAGGUGGAGGAGAGCAUCAUGUCAUAUCUGUCACAGAGUGAGACCGACACCAGCACCAGAGACUUGAAUGUCGUGGCCAUGCUCCAUAACUUCUGGGAGCAGAGGCAGACCGCUCAGUUCACUGGUUCCUCCAGUGAAUCCGAUGGAUCUGUUGGGGACACAGCCGUCCACACGGAGAGCUUGCUGCUGUACGAGUCCGCUCCGUCCCCUGGUCCUCCAUAUGUCUGCUAUGUCACCCUGCCAGGAGGAAGUUGCUUUGGUAACUAUAAGGUGUGUGACACUCAGGCAGAGGCUCGGAGGGAUGCGGCUCGCGUGGCUCUGAUGAACUCACUUGUGAACGAGCUGCCCUGUCGACGCAUCAACCCUCAGUUCAUCACUCAGAGUUUGCAGCAGGCGGCCACAGACAGUGCUGUCUGUAUAGAAGAUGCUUGUGAUUCAGGCACCAGCAUAGGAACCUACAGUGUGCUGCUCCACUCCUACGUAGGAAAGACAAUGCUGGAGUUUCAGGAGAUGAUGACAAUUUUCCAGUUACUGCAGUGGAACGGGACACUGAAGGCUCUGAGGGAAAGGCAGUGCUCUCGACAGAGUGUGAUUUCCUAUUACUCUCAGCGAGGACUUGAUGAGUAUAUACGCAGCAGCAUGGCUCUGGAUUGGCUCGGACGGGAGCAGAGGUCACCGGGGCGACUCGGGGAGGAGCUGCAGGUGGCGCAGAGGGAGCUGGUGUUGGCCCGCCGUCGAGGCAUAGAGCUGCGCUUCUACAAGGAAAAGACAGAGAUCCUCAGUUUGGCUCUGAGUCAGGCUUACAUUCACCACACACCUGAGGCCUUCAGCGAGGUGCCGAGUCACACAUACAACCAAGAACAACUUCCUUUACAAACGUUUUACAGCCAGGACACAGAAGUCCGGAUAACCCCACCCUGUAGACUUUCACCAACCCUCCAUAAAAACAGAAAGCAAACAGUCUGUCAAAGCUCUCACAAACACAUAGACUCUUAA